UCAGAGAAAGAAGAAAACCUUUCGUUUCGAAGCCAUGUCUGUGAAGAAGCUGAUGGCGAUGAUGCUUUUGGUGGUGGUGAUAUCAACGGUACAAGUUAGUGGUGAAGAUACAAGCUUCAUCUUUAACAAUGGAUCAUCAGCUAAUUUAACCAUGGAUGGUAUUUCUGAGAUCACCUCCAAUGGCUUGCUCCGACUCACCAAUGAAACCAGGCAAGAAAAAGGUCAUGCUUUUUACCAUCCAAUGGUUUUGAAUAACUCUUCUUUCUCUACCACUUUCGUCUUCGCAAUUAAAUCAGAAUACAGAACUUUGAGUGGUCAUGGAAUCGCUUUUCUAAUUUCCCCAGAAAAAGCACUUCCAGGUGCUUUACCCAGUCAGUACUUAGGCCUCUUCAAUAACACCAAUAAUGGCAAUCGUACAAACCAAGUUUUCGCCGUAGAACUGGACACCAUCCUCAGCAGUGAGUUUGACGAUAUCAAUGAUAACCAUGUUGGAAUCGACAUUAAUAGCUUGAAGUCUGCAUCUGCUCCUGCAGGAUAUUAUAUGAACAAGUCUCAGUUUCAGAAUCUGAGUCUCAUUAGUGGCCUUCCAAUGCAGGUCUGGGUGGAAUACGAUGGCGGAAAAAAGCAAAUCAGUGUCACCCUAGCUCCGAUCAACGUUAACAAACCCAAAACUCCACUGCUAACGUUGUCCCAAGAUCUUUCUCAGAUUAUAGACAAUCCCAGUUAUGUCGGAUUCUCAUCUUCCACUGGGUCUGUCUUAACUUCUCAUUAUGUUCUUGGCUGGAGCUUCAAGCUCAAUGGGGAGGCUCAAAACCUUGCUGUCUCUAAACUGCCGAAGCUACCACGACUUGGUGGAAGAAAACGAUCUAUGAUUUUGCCAAUUGGGUUACCUCUGUUUUCACUCUGUUUGAUUUUUCUGGUGAGUUUAUCGAUAGUUUAUUACAUAUACAGGAAAAGGAAGUUUUCUGAGAUUCAGGAAGAGUGGGAGCAAGAAUAUGGUGCUCACAGGUUCAAAUACAAAGACCUCUACGUUGCCACGAAGGGAUUCAAGGAUAAAGAGCUUCUAGGAGCUGGUGGAUUUGGUAGAGUAUACAAAGGAACAAUGCCAACUUCAAAAGUUGGGGUUGCUGUGAAGAAAGUGUCGCAUGAAUCUCGACAAGGCAUGAGGGAAUUUGUAGCAGAAAUUGUUAGUAUCGGUCGUCUUCGCCACCGAAACGUCGUACCUCUUUUGGGAUAUUGUAGACGAAAACGAGAGCUUCUUCUAGUCUACGACUUCAUGCCAAAUGGAAGCUUAGAUAAAUAUCUCUAUAACCAACCAAGAGUGACACUGAACUGGAGACAAAGAUUUAAAAUCAUCAAAGGAGUAGCUUCGGCAUUGUGCUAUCUACAUGGAGAGUGUGAAAAAGUGGUUGUGCACAGAGACAUAAAAGCAAGCAAUGUUCUCCUUGAUUCAGAACUGAAUGGAAGAUUAGGAGAUUUUGGUCUUGCAAGAUUAUAUGAUCAUGGGAGUGAUCCUCAAACUACACAUGUGGUCGGGAUUGGUUAUCUAGCGCCGGAGCAGACAAGAACAGGGAAAGCGACAACAAGGUCAGAUGUUUUUGCUUUUGGUGCAUUUUUACUUGAGUUGUGUGGAAGAAGGCCCAUAGAGCAAGUGAAUGAAGAAGAGAGUGUGAUUUUAGUAGAUUGGGUCUAUGAGUUGUGGAAUAGGGGUGAGAUUAUUAUGGCAAAGGAUCAGAAUAUGGGAAUAGAGUAUUGCAUAGAAGAGGUAGAGUUAGUGUUGAAACUGGGUCUUUUGUGUUCAAACAGCCAAGCAUUGAGUAGGCCAAGCAUGCGUCAAGUAGUGCAGUGUCUGAAUGGGGAGGUAUCUUUGCCUGAUUUGUCGUCUCUAAGCUUAGAUUCUGCUUCUCCAGGCUUAUCGUUUGGGCAUCAUCAAGAGUUUCCUGACUCUACUAUGUCCUUUCCAUCAUUUGUUGAUCAGUCUCUCUCUCACAGUUCUUCAGUAGCUGAAUCGCUUCUCUCUGGAGGUCGUUGAUUCAUUCCAUGCAUACAUGAUAUGUUAGAGCUGCUUAUGUUAUCUCUUGUCUUUCUCUUUUUGUCUUAUUUUCAGUUAAAUUGAAACUCACAUGAAUCCGGGCUCGUUGGCGCCAUUGCCAAGGUGUUGCUGUUAACGUAUUGCAUAAAUUAAACCAAUGGUUCCACUGCUGUUUGUGCA